UUUGUUUACGCUUGCGUUUUGUGCUCCAGUGCCGGCUCGGAAGAUAGAAUUGACCCGGAAAAGUGUACCACAAUUAGAACUGCCUAUCGAAUCAUGACUUCAGACUACGCUGAUUAUCGGGAUCCGAACCGGCCCGUCCAUCGCAAAGGGAUGCUGAUGAACUUUCGCACCAAAGAGUACACGGAAAUUCGGCCGCAGGAUGUGUAUGGCAAAUGUCGCUACGUAUCGUCGUUCCAGAAAUGUAACCGUGUUGGCGAAGGCACAUACGGAAUCGUUUUUCGUGCCCGAGAUACGGUUUCGAAUGAAAUUGUAGCUCUCAAAAAGGUUCGCCUUGAUCAGGACAUAUUCAAGGACGGAUUUCCGAUCAGUGGGCUGCGCGAGAUUCAAAUCCUAAAAAACUGUAGCCACGAAAACAUCGUCCGGCUGAAGGAGGUCGUUGUGGGCAACAGUCUGGAGAGCAUCUUUCUCGUGAUGGAAUUCUGUGAGCAGGAUCUAGCCUCGCUGCUGGACAACAUGGAGACACCGUUCUCGGAAUCGCAGGUCAAGUGCAUCAUAAUACAGCUGCUGAAAGGUUUAGACUACCUGCACACGCGCUACAUCAUCCAUCGGGAUUUGAAGGUGUCGAACCUGCUGCUCACGGACACCGGCUGCCUGAAGAUAGCGGACUUUGGGCUGGCACGCUACCUUAACAAUGCCAACAAACCGAUGACGCCGGGACUGGUGACGCUCUGGUACCGGCCACCGGAGCUGCUGUUCGGGGCCAAAAAACAAACCACCGCCGUGGACAUGUGGGCGACGGGAUGCAUUCUCGGCGAGCUGCUGAUCCACAAGCCACUGCUGCCCGGUACGAGUGAAAUUUCGCAGAUCGAGCUCAUCAUUAACCUGCUCGGCACACCGACAUCGACCAUUUGGCCCGAUUUCGACAGCUUACCGUUGGUGCAGAAUUUCACCCUCAAAGAGCAACCGUACAACAAUCUCAAGAGCAAGUUCCCUUUUCUCUCGGCGAGUGGGUACGAUCUGUUGAACAGUUUGUUCAUGUACAACCCGGCCUGCAGAGCUACGGCCGAACGGUGUCUUCUCAGCACCUACCUAAGGGAACCGCCACUGCCGUGUGACCCAAACCUGAUGCCAACAUUCCCCCAUCAUCGAGACAUGAAGAAAACAACACCCGCCAAGCAGGACGAUCCGCGCAAACCGCGCACCAGUGGACUGGCCAACAACAAGCCCACGUUCGAUGUCGGUGGUCAGGCCCCAACUAUUUCGGAUUUGCUUGGCUCACUAAUUAAGAAACGACGCUUCGAUUAAUGUGAAUUAGAAUAGAUUUCUCUUCAUGCAAAUGC